AUGCCACUCAAGCCAGGAUCUGGCGUCAGCAUUUCUCUGUCUUCCGGGGCUUCGCAGACCAGUAUUCCUAGCCAGGCAUUUCUUUGCUCUAGUGGUGGCACUGGAGUUGGUAUCGAAGGGAGUAGCACUGAUGAUGGCGUUGCUAGUUCUGGUGGGAGUUCCUCAACCGGUCCUACUAACACGGGUAGUUCCGUUCUUCCUACUGGCGUGGUUGGCGCCAAUGGUGUCCUAAUAGGAACUUGGAGCUCAGCAAGUACACCGCCCGGGCCAACUACGGUAACAACAGGUGGGGCUAGAAUUUUUGGCUCUAACUCAGGUUCCCUUGGGGGCUCUUCAUUGUGUCAGCAGUCAGCAUCCGGAGGCAGCUUACCGGCUAGCAGUGUGGCCACUGCCCCGAGCACCUCCGAGCUGGUUGGAAAAUACACACCAAACCGAUUCACUUCAUCUAGAGUGAUACCAAUGCCUGAAGGAACUCCAGGUAUUGGAGCUCCAGCUGCGAAGUUUUCGGCUGGUGUGGGACAAGCCAAUUCGAGUGGCACUGUUGCUCCCAUCAAAUCCUCUAUAAUGGGAGGUCAGACAAAUUUACCUCCAGGGGGGCCAAGUAGACCAUCAGUCCCUCCUAGACAAACGUCUUUAAGGCCGAAUCCAAGCGUUGAGGAUACCGAUGACACAAUGAAAAACCUGCGGAAAACUUUUGCUGGUAUUUUUGGGGACAUGUAA